AUGAAUCACACGUCUUUCGAUAAUAUAUUACAGAUCAAAACUUUCAAGUUAGGAAUUGAGGAUAUCCAGAAUAUAGGAUCUUCAUAUUUUGGGGAAAAUAAUAAAAAAAUUGAUCGUUAUAAUGAAGAAAUAAAUUUGCUUAAACAACAGCUUAGCGACCUAAAUGAGAAGAUGGGGAAAAGUGGUGUUAUACAUAAAGUCCUUGAACCAGUUAGUGCCCCCAAAAUAACCUUUUGGUAUUAUGAAUUAAAAGAAAUGAAAGAAUUCCAAGAUCUUGUUAUGUAUGAAAUAAAAAAAAAAAAAAAACAUUUCAAAACCUUAAGCAAUAGUUGUAUGAAAUAUCUGUCUAAUAAAGAAAAAAUAAAAUUAAAAAAACAAGAAGAAGAAGAAAAAAAAUUAAAAAUACAUUCAAAGAAUAUAUCAUCUUAUAUGGAUGUUUUUUGGAAAAAAAUUGAAAAAUUAGUUUGGGAAGAGAAAAAAAGAGAAUUACAAAAAACAUUAAAUAAAAAUAAAGAAAUGCGAUUUAAAAAAUUUGUAAAAGGAGCUAUUAAAAAAAUUAAAAAUGCUAGACAUAAUGCACAUGAAUUGUUUGAAAAUAAUAUGAACUAUCUUCCUUGUUCAAAUAACAAUAGUGAAAAUAAUGCGAAUAGCAAUAAUGAAAAUGAAGAAAAUGAGGAAAACGAAGAAAAUGACGAAAAUGAAGAGAACGAAGAAAAUGAAGAGAACGAAGAAAAUGAAGAGAAUGAAGAAAAUGAAGAGAAUGAAGAAAAUGAAGAGAAUGAAGAAAAUGAAGAAGAUCCCGAAUGUGCAAGUAAUAACACUGAUAACGACACCAAAAAUAAUAUUAAUGCACCUCCAAAUCGACCUAUUGAUAGUGCUCCGAAAAAUGAUAAUAAAUUAUCCUCAUCUAAACCUAACCAUAGUAAUGAAGACAAAGAACUUGGUGAAGAAGACUUGACAGAUCAAGAAGACGAAGAUAUUUUAUUAGAUGAAGAAAUGGAAUCUAUGGACGAAUCAGAAGAAAAGGAAGUAAAUUUGUUAGAUGAUGAAGCUAAUGUUCCAAUUGAAGAAUUGCUCAAAAAAAUUUAUGGUUUUAAAAGUGGUGAAGAAUAUAUAAAUUUGAUGCAAAAUGAAGAAGAAGAUGAAGGUACCGACACAGAUGUUGACGAUCAAGUCUCCACACAAAAUGAUUCAACUAACCCAACUCAAAACUCCAAAAAACGAAAACUUUCAGAUGCAGGCGAAAGUGACAGAGAACUUAAAACUGCAAAGGUGGACGAGGCAGAUGCGGGAAAAGUGGAAGAAGCAAAGGUUGAAAAAGUGGACGAGGCGGAGGUUGCAAAAGCGAACGAAGCGGAGGUUGCAAAAGUGGACGAAAUAUUAGAGUGCAAUAUGGAUGAAAAACAUUUAACAAAAAUUCCACCAUUUAUAAAAGCAACACUACGUGAUUAUCAGCAUGCUGGAUUACAUUGGUUAUUAUAUUUGUAUAAAAAUAAUAUAAAUGGAAUAUUAGCAGAUGAGAUGGGAUUGGGAAAAACACUUCAAUGUAUUUCUUUGUUAGGAUAUCUUGCAUAUUAUUUAAAUAUAUGGGGACCUCAUUUAAUAAUAGUUCCUACAUCUAUAUUAAUAAAUUGGGAAAUCGAAUUAAAGCGUUUUUGUCCAUGCUUUAAAAUAUUAUCAUAUUAUGGUAAUCAAAAUGAAAGAUAUAAAAAAAGAAUCGGAUGGUUUAAUAAUGAUUCAUUUCAUAUUUGUAUAUCUAGUUAUUCAACAAUAGUAAAAGAUCAUAUAAUCUUUAAAAGAAAAAAUUGGAAAUAUAUUAUAUUAGAUGAAGCUCAUAAUAUAAAAAACUUUAAUACAAAAAGAUGGAAUAUAAUAUUAAGUUUAAAAAGAGAUAAUUGUUUAUUAAUUACUGGAACACCAUUACAAAAUAGUUUAGAAGAGCUUUGGUCAUUAUUACAUUUUUUGAUGCCAAACAUUUUUACUUCUCAUUUAGAUUUUAAAGAGUGGUUUUCUGAUCCUUUAAAUUUAGCUAUUCAGAAAAGUAAAAUUUAUGAUUCAAAAGAAUUAAUAGAUAGAUUACAUACUGUAAUUAGACCAUAUAUUUUAAGAAGAUUAAAAAAAAAUGUUGAAAAAGAAAUGCCAAAUAAAUAUGAACACAUAAUUAAAUGUAAAUUAACUAGAAGACAAAAAAUAUUAUAUGAUGAAUUUAUUAACAAUAAAAAAGUCCAAAAUACUUUAACUAGUGGAAAUUAUAUGGGCUUAAUGAACAUUUUAAUUCAAUUAAGAAAAGUAUGUAAUCAUUGUGAUUUAUUUACAAAUAAAUAUAUCCAAACUCCAUAUUAUUAUAUUUUACCUAUUCAAUAUAAUAUACCUAAAUUUUGUUUGCUUUUUGAAAAUAAUUAUUAUAAAGAUUUUUAUCUUAUUUUGUUUUUACAUAAUGAGUUUGUUUCAUUAGGGGGUAUUGCCAAAGAUGUGCGCCCCAAACAAAAACAGAAUCACAUCUACACAGAUUCUAACAUUCAGAUGCAUACAAAAAAUAAUGAUUUAACAAUUUUAGAUUCUCAACAAUUCAAAAAAAAUAUGACCAAUAUAGAAACUUUAAAUGAAAUAAAUCAAACAAAAGAAUUUACUAAUAAAUGUUUAAUUGAAGAAAUAAAUUCAGAAGGUUCAUUUAAUUUAAUAAAUAAGUUUGAUAAAAAUUUGAAUUAUAUUUCAACAGAUUCAAGAGAUACGAAUUAUGCUCAAAAUAAAAUAUCUUUUUUUAAUAAUGAAAAUGAAAAAAUGGAAGAACAAAAUAGUUUUAAAUCAUCUACAUGGUUUAAAGAAGUAAAUAAAAUAAAAGAUAAUGAACAUUUUGAUUAUUUAAAUUAUUAUAAAAAUAUUUUAACUAAUUUAAAUAAAAAUAAAGAAAUAAAAAGGGAUAGUCAAAUAAUAACUAAUAAUGAAAAUGAUAAUGGGAAACAAUAUCUUCGAUCCAAUUCAAUGCAGAUGUGGAAUACAUAUCCUAUAAAAUAUGAAACCAUGCAAGAUGAAAGCAUGCAAGAUGAAAACAUGCAAGAUGAAACAAUGCAAGAUUUAUGCACUUAUGUAAAUAAUGAAAUAUACAAAGAAAAUAUUCCUAAAGAUCUUCUAACUUAUUCAAAUGAAUUUGUUAACGAAUUAAACAAUAACUAUGAUAUUUUAUCUAUAUAUAUAGAUCCACAAAAUAAAUAUAAAACUUAUGAUGAAUAUUUAUAUGCUAUGGAAUAUGAUACUACUUUAUAUAAUACAACACUUCAAAAUGAUAAUUUACGAGGAAAUAAACAAAUAAUUUCUAAUUAUAGAGGCUCAAGUAAUAGAGGCCGCCCUCCUAGGGGUAGUCAUGUAGGUCGUCCAUCUCGGGGCGGUCAUGCAGGUCGUCCAUCUCGGGGCGGUCAUGCAGGUCGUCCAUCUCGGGGCAGUCACGUAGGUCGCCCAUCUCGGGGCAGUCAUGUUGGCUCUUCUUUUCGAGGAGACAUUGGAAAUCAAAGCUCACGCACUAGUAUCAAUGAGACGGCUGAACAAUCUAAUGCCAAUAACAAUAAUGAUAGUAGUGGUCAUAACAAUAAAAAUAAUGAUAGUAGUAGCCAUAACAAUAGUAGUGGCCAUAACAAUAAUAAUGUGCAGAACGAAGAUAACGACACAAUUGUUCGGUCUGUAGAGACAGGGAACUUUUUGAAAAAAAAAUAUUUAUACAGAUAUAAUAUGAAAGUAUUAAAUAGAGAAAUGCAAUAUAAAAACUUUUUUACUGAUGAAACAAAUCAGAGUUAUUUAAAUUCGUUAGAACAUAAUUUAUGGAUAAGAAAAAAGAAAGAAGAAGAAAUAAAUAAAAUGAAAAUUGAAAAAGAGAAAAAAAAACAAUUAAUAUCAAAUUAUCAUUUUAUUAAAAAUAGUAGAAUACCAAUAUUUGGAUCAAAUCUAUUACAUCUAUUAAAAACUGAAUUUUUAAAAGAUCAAAAUAUUGUAUACAAUCAUGCUAAUAACAUAAUCAUAAAUAAUACAUCUAUGAAAGAAGUAUAUUCAGAAGAUAUACCUUCGAGAAAUUAUUAUAAUUAUAUGGAUACAAAUAUUAAAAAGGAAAAUAAUGAUGACACUAUUGAAAAUAUUAUGAAUUAUAAUAUAAAUAGAUGUAAAUCGAAUGAAUGUGCUUCUAUAGUAUUAGAACGACUUUUUCCAACAAUGGAAUAUUUUCUAAAACUAUAUGAGAAACUAAUACAAAAUUUUAUAGUCAUAAAUAGCCCAUCUGUUAUUUGUAGCUCUCCAAAUAUUUUGAUAAAUAGCAAUUCAAAACGUGAUGAUGAUGAUGAUGAUAAUGAUAAUGAUAAGGAAAUAUGUAAAGUACAAAAUUAUAGUCAUAUUAGCAAAAUAGAAGAUCUUAUAAAAAAAAUUAAAAAAGCUACAAGAGUGUAUCAUAACGCAUUUCUAAAACAAUCCAUUAUUUUUCCUUUGAAUAAAGAUAUAUCACUAGGAAGUGGGAAAUUAUUUGCUUUAGAAAAAUUAUUGAGUAAAUGUAAAAAAGAAGGAAACAAAUGUUUAUUAUUUACACAAUUUAUUAAAAUGUUAGAUAUUUUAGAAAUAUUUUUAAAUCAUUUAAAUUAUUCUUUUAUUCGACUUGAUGGUUCAACUAAAGUAGAACAACGUCAAAAAAUUGUAACCAAAUUUAAUAAUGAUAAAUCUUAUUUUAUAUUUAUUUCCUCGACCCGUAGUGGUAGUAUUGGCAUUAAUUUGACGGCAGCUAAUGUCGUUAUUUUUUAUGAUACAGAUUGGAACCCAUCAAUUGAUAAGCAAGCAAUGGAUAGAUGUCACAGAAUAGGGCAAACUAAAGAUGUUCAUGUUUUUCGAUUUGUUUGUGAAUAUACUGUAGAAGAAAAUAUAUGGAAAAAACAAUUACAAAAAAGAAAGUUAGAUAAUAUUUGUAUAAAUAUGGGAAAUUUUAAUAGUCAAAAUAAUCGUAAUAAUAAUACAAGUCUUCAGGAUCAUAAUGAAAUGAACAAAGAUUGGUUUUCAAAUGUUGAUACAAUUAAAGAAAUAUUUAUUAACAAACAAAAUAAUGAUGAUGAUGAUGAUAUUUAUCAGGAUAGAUUAUUGCAUGAACAAUUAGAGAAUCCAGAAAAAACUAAUGUUCGUUUUGAAAAAACAUUGGAACAUAUUGAAGACAAAGAUGAUAUAAAUGCUUUACACGUUACAAAAAGAGAAAGACAGCAUGAGUUAUCUCAAGAUAUGCAUGAAUUUGCAAACAAAAACGAUUUCCAAGAAGCAUAUACUUUAACUUCCUAUUGUUUUAAUUUUUUAAAUGAGAAUUUAACAGAUAGCUUGAAACAACAAAUUGACGAAAUGAAAAUGAGAAUUGAGAUUGAAAUGAUGAAUGCUAAGGAAGACGAGAACAAUUCGCUUGACAAUUUGUCUAACCCAAGUGACGAGUUGGAAAAUUAUGAACAAGUCAGAAACGAGCCAACGUAG